AUGGCACCUGCGGCCAAUGGCGCGGACGACCAUGAGCUGCCACUCUUCCACCCGUCCCCGUGCGCGCACUACUACGUGCAGAGUCCCUCCGCGGCGUCGCACACACUCAGCCACCCGGCGUCCGACUCCAUGGCGCUCAUACUCUCCCCCUUCCCGAACCUCCACCACGACGCGGACGCCCGCCACUCCAGCGACGGCCGCGACCACGACCACGAGGAGGCCUCGCGCCUGACCCUGUCCCGCUACUCCUCCUCCCGCGGAUCCAACAGCUCCUUCCCGGUCGGCGACAAGAAGCCCGGCCGCCGGCGGCAGGUGCUGCGGGUGGUGUCGGGGCGGUCAUCAGGCCACCAAGAUGAUGGCGACGACGACGACAAGGACGACGACGCGGACGGCGAGGCCCAGAGGAGCGGGGCGUGGGGGUACGUGAAGCUGGACCCGGAGGCCCCCUGCUGCUGCAUCGCUUUCCAGGUGGCGUGGAGGGUGGCGGCCAGUGCAGCGUUGGCGCUGCUCGUCUUCGUCCUGGCCACCAGGCCACGGCACCCUCAGGUGUCCUUCAGGGUUGGCAAGGUCCAGCGGUUCGCGCUGGGGGAAGGGCUGGACGGCUCGGGCGUGGAGACCAGCUUCCUCAACUGCAACUCCUCCGUCGACAUGGUGAUCGACAACUACUCCAAGGGAGACGGCUGGUCACACGACGUCGGGCCACGCAGCACUUCGACGGUGAGGCUCUUCGUGGCCGCGCAGGACAAGCCCAUGUACGCGGCGGGGCGCGGCAUGCAGGACCUGCUCGACUCCAGCCACGGCCUGCCACUCACCAUCACGGUCAGGGCGCGGUCCCGGUACCGAGUGGUGGGGAGCCUGGUCCGGCUGACGUACCGCCACGACUCCGAGUGCGUCGUGCUCCUCAGAAGGACGCCCAACAGGACCAACGGCAUUAGUGCCGCUGCCGGCAGGGCCACGUCCACCUGCUCUGCCUUAAGCUAG